AUGUCAGGGAUCGCAAAAAAUAUUUGGAGUUUCAUUUUUUCUUUUGAAAAUAAUGAGGAUGCACAAAAUAUGAAAUUAAGUCGUGUAAACUCGCAGCAUUCUGAUCAUGCUAUAUAUGAUUACGACUAUCAUAAUAAUUAUGAUUAUGGAUUUAAUUUCGGUGGACACACUUUGUAUACACGAAAUAAGACAUUAUACGUAGCCAAUAAGGAGGGUUAUUAUGAAGAUAAUAUAAAGGAUGAUAAUAAUUAUACAAUUGAGGAAUUCGAAGCCUUUAGAAUAUUCAAGCAAUUUUAA